GGGGCUUCUGGUGGCUCUGGAGAAAGUUUUCUAGUCAGAGAGGUGACAGCUGUGUCCCGUUUCGGCCCUUGAGCCUCUCCCUCCCCCGCCAGCGGGGCGCGAGCUUGGCCCUGCGCGCGGCCGUUGCCAUGGCUACCCCUGGAGGCCUCGGCGGCGGAAAAAGCCAGCCCCGCGAAGCUCGGAAGAGUGUCCGUUGUGGCGCCCCGUCCUGCUGCCUCUGCCCCGGUCUCUGAGGAGGAAGCAGAAGAUGGCGGAGGCUGCCGGCGAGUUGGAAGGGCUGCGAGAGAAGGUGGCCGCUCUGGAGCAGGAGCUGGGCGCCUGUCGGAGCCGCCUGGCCAGGGAGGAGAAGCAGCGCCUCAGGGCCCAGGCCUGCGCCGCCAAGUGGAGGAAGCAGGUUGAAGAACUCAGUAAGAAAAUCAGUGAGGGUGAAAGAAAUGAGAAGGAAACGUCCACUACAGAAGUGCAAACGGAAGCGUUUUCUACCUGGUCAGAUGCAGAUUAUUACUACUACCAUAAUUAUUACAACAGUACUGAUCCACCUGAUUUACCCAAUGUACCAGUGCAGCCAGAUAAUGAAGGACCAAGCCCCAGUUGUAUAGAUGAGUUACAAUUAAGUGAUCAUCCGGGUGUAAAUGGCACAAAGCAUGAUGAGCAUGUGGGACAUGACUCUACAAUCCACAAUGAGUCGAAAUCAGAAUUAACAGAAGGUACAUUAGCAGAAAGUAUAAGAGCUGCUGCAGAGGCUGCUGUGUCACAAACAGGAUUUAUAUAUGACGAAACUACAGGAUUAUAUUAUGACCAUAGCACUGGAUUCUACUAUAACUCGGAAUCACAACUGUAUUAUGAUCCAGCCACUGGAAUUUAUUACUACUGUGAUGUUGAAACUGGUCGGUAUCAGUUCCAUUCACGGGUAGAUCUGCAGUCUUAUGGAAGUGGAACUGCUCAGCACAGCAAAGACAGAAAAGGCAAAAAGAAGAGAAAAGAUGCAGAGUGGCCUAGGGCAACUGAGCAGAAGGACUUGAACACAGAUGAACAAAAAUCUUCCAACAAUCUGAGUUGCCUUUCUACCACAGAUGAAAUAUGUUCUCUUGAAGAGGAAGAAUAUCCAAAUGUGAAAAAAGCGAAAGUGGACACUGAUACAAGAAACACCCAAACAGUCAAAGAAUCAAGUACUCCAAAUAGUACAAAUUUAUAUCUUAAGAACACACAAUGUACUGCUAUUACAGAUGACAGUAAAACAGAAACAGAGAGUGAACCAGAAGAAGGUGAAAUUACAGACUCUGAACAGGAAGAGUAUAGCAGUGAAGAUGAAGUAUCAAGCAAAGACACUAUACAUUCAGAAGAUACUGACAGCGAAGAUGCAGACAAAAUCUGGCCACCUUGUAUUAGAGUGAUUGUAGUUAGAUCACCUGUACUGCAGAUGGGAUCUCUGUAUAUCAUCACAGCUGUCAAACCUGCCACAAUUGGAAGAGAGAAAAGUAUGGAACACACACUCCAGAUACCAGAAGUGGGUGUUAGUAAGUUUCACGCAGAAAUAUAUUUUGAUCAUGAAUUGCAGAGUUAUGUUCUUGUGGAUCAAGGGAGUCAGAAUGGUACUGUGGUUAAUGGAAAUCAAAUUCUGCAGCCUAAAACAAAAAGUGAGCCCCAGGUUCUGGAACACGGUGAUGAAGUGAAGAUUGGGGAAACUGUAUUAUCCUUUCACAUACACCCUGGUAGUGAAACCUGUGAUGGAUGUGAGCCAGGGCAAGUGAGAGCCCAUCUUCGCCUUGAUAAGAAAAACAAAUCGAUUGGCCUUUCACUGACAAAGGAAGAAAAGGAAUUAGUUAGAAGAAAAGAAUUAAAACAAAUACGUGUUAAAUAUGGCUUACAGAACACAGAAUAUGAAAAUGAUAAAGUUCUGAAAAAUCCAAAUUACAAAGACAGAGCAGAAAAGCGCCGCGAGACAGUUGGAAGUGAAGGAAAUUUUCACAGAGAUGAUGCUCCAGCCUCUGUACAUGUUGAAAUUAAUGAUAGCAACAGAGGUCAUAAGAUGUUGGAGAAGAUGGGAUGGAAGAAAGGAGAAGGGCUUGGAAAGAAUGGUGGCGGAAUAAAGGAUCCGAUCAAGCUUCAGCUGCAUAAAAAACAUGCAGGCCUAGGAUCAAGUAUUCCUGUCUCUACUGAAGAAGUUCAGACCACCAACACCAAGAACAAAAGGAAUUGGGAAAAAGCAAGAGAAAGAUUUGCAGAAAAUUUCCAAGACUCUAAAUCCCAGAAGAAUGUACCAAAGGAUCAGACUUGGGUUAGAGAAACUGCAGAAUGAAGUUCAGUUUAUUACCUUGUUUAAAAAGUUAAGACAGGGUUAUUGUUGUUUUUUUCUGUUUUUGCUAAAGUGUAAGUUGGAUAACUUGUAGUAGUUUUCUUACACUGUAUAGGAAGCUUAUCUGAAAUUUAAUUGGUUUAUUUACUGUUUUUGUUUUACUUCUAAGCAUAAGAUAUUCAUGAAUUAAAAUGGUGCAGAAUUUGGUUAAAGGGAUUUAAGAUUAACAUUGUGGAACAACUGGGAAAUUUAGGAGAGAUGUUAUUUGCUCACUUAAAUAGAGAAUAUUUUAGUCUGUUUUUAGACUCUUCAUAGAUUUUGUGAACUGAUGCAAAAAGAAUGCCUUCUAUAUGUUCAAAUUUGGUAUCUUUAGCAAGAAAGAUUCAGCAGUGAGCCACUUAACUUCCUACAAUAUGAAAUUACUAGACUUUCUAGAAGUUCACCAAACAUCCUGUUUUAACCGUAUCAUCAUUCUUUGGGGUGAAAAAAUAAUGUACAAAAAAGUUUUCUGGAAAGAUGCUGUUUUCUUCUGUGAAGAAUCUGGAUGUUCUGUAUAAAGGUUUUAGUUCACCAAGGCAGCAUAUUUUGAAACUGCUGUGAUAACCAAAACUGUUCUAAACAUUCAGGGUUGAAAGUACAGCCCUAGAGUUGCACUGUUGCAGAAGCCACAUGCAGGAUAAUGUGCUUCCUGUACUCAAGAGUUCUCUUCGAAAACCUAACAUGCAAGCACAACUGUAGCCUGAUCUUUUCAAUAUCUGCUGACUUUCUUAUAUGCAGAGAAUUCUGAGGUAGAAGCAUUCAGUUAUGCAUUUAGAAGCAGUCCUUCCUAAGUUCUCUACUGCAUUAUGCUUAUAGUCCAGGAUCCUAUUGGCUACCCUGGUGGUUUAUGUAUGCUAAUACAGAUGGUGAAAAGAAAAGGGUGUAAGGAGGCUGCCACUUGUUUUUCGACUGACAAGACCAUAUUGUAGCAGAAUGUGGCUUGGAAUUUACCAAGCUACUCCUUUCUGUACUUCCUGUCCCUGGUGAUAGCUCCAUAAUUUGGGCAUUCAAGAAGGAAAUGGAAUGCCAGCAACGUAUUCUUCUAUCAUCACUUCCCUGUGUAAGUGUACAAAAAGUGAGGCCAUGAGAGCAAUGCCGUUAGCAUCCUAGACAGCGUAUAGACUAGCUGUAGGAAGCAGACUGUUACCUGUACCUUCAAGUCAUGUGGCAGAAGAUCUUUUUGAAAUCAGUGGAGUGGCUUGAACUUUUCUGCUGACCAGCAUUAUUACUUUCUGGGGCCUGUUCUUAAUCCAUUGCUGGCAAUGGAGUUUAGCCCAAUAUUGUUUUUCUUUCUGUUUCAGAACACAAUACUUAUUUAUUGAAACAUCAAUAAAAUAAUGCUUUCAA